UAUUCGCAAUGGCAGCUGGUGUCAUGCUCCUGAUGCUGUCGGCAAUUCCGGGGUUAAUUUUAGCUGAGGAUUUUUAUGGGGAUAGCACAAGUUUUGUCAAUCCUCACAAGGGCCCUGAUGGAAAUAUUAAGGUGGCAUUCCAUCACAGACGAAAUGGCAGGAAAAACUGUGUUCAUCAGUUAUCCUAUAUAUGUGAGGGGUGUUCAAGCCUUGUCAACGACGGUGUCAUGCAAACAGACCACGACAAUAAGGGCAGGUGGUGUCAAUCUGAGGAACAUACAACGGCAAACAUCUCAUUGAAUGCUUCCCAUAUUUCUCUGAGUAACGCAGGUUGCUGCUGGGCAGCUAACAUGGAUGCUAAAACUGACUGGACAAGCCAUGCCUAUUUGGACCUCGGAACACGAUCAGACACUGAAGCCCUUAACAACUGUCCAGUAACUGCUACAGUGUCAUCCCUAAGAGUGCCCCAGAACUGUUUUUCAAAGAUUCAUCUUUUGGCACAUGAUCCAGAUGGAGAUCAGGUCAAGUGCCACUUGUCUAUAGGUGCCGGAGUUCAUCACAACAUUUCUCUUGACGAGACUACCUGUACACUCGAAAAGACAGGAUACAUCAGUGAUGGUGUCUACGUAUUUGAAGUAAUGCUUAAGGAUUUCCCUACCCAAAAAAUCAGUUUAUCCUAUGCAAAUGGGAAAUUGACAAACUGGGAGAACAUGAAUGAAAAUGUAUCACCUCUUUGCCAGAUAAAACUGCAGUUCUUGCUAGAAAUUCUUCCUUCAUUGCCAAACUGUGAACUUGGUCACGUGCAACCCAUGUUUUUGGAACCAACACCCAAACAUGGUUAUGUGCUUCAUGCCACAGUUGGUGACAAACUGAUUCUUCAUGCCAAAGCACAAGCCCAUCAUGCUAUCAUUCAUGACUUUCAGGUCAGUGGCCCCCACGACUUGAAAAAAGAGUUUCGAGAUCAUGAGCACGGAACAGCUGAACUCACCUUAACCUGGACACCACGUAAUAGUGAUGCGUACAGAGUUGCACCAGUCUGCUUCACUGCAGAGACAAAUGAAUCCCAAUCAGAGAUGAGGUGUGUUGUUGUCAUGGUGAGCAAACCACCGUCCUUUCAUGGUAAAACGGCUGUGACAUGCAGAGCCAACCAGAUGAUGAUUACCAUUGAAAGAUCUACAUUGUCCGACGUGGAUGUAAACCAACUCUCACUGAAUGACCCAUCCUGCUUGGUUACCUAUAAUACCACUCACAUCAUGGCUUCUGUGUUGUUCAGCAAUUGUGGCACGACAGUUGAGGAAGAAGAAGAGUAUAUAUUUUUCCAGAAUGAGAUCCGAACGUCCCAUGAUCCAUCGAAAACUGUAUUCAGAAGUAAAACGGUGAAGAUUGGGUUCUCUUGCCAGUUCCCCAAAACAGCUACUCUCUCCUCAAAUUAUAAUGUUGAGGAGUCUGAAUAUGUUUUCAGCGACUCCAAAUUUGACAGCUUUAGCUAUUCAUUUGACGUUUAUUCCGAUGGUAACUUCACAAAUAAGGUGCCACCCAGUGCGUAUCCAGUGCAGGUGGAGUUUCUUCAAAACAUUUAUUUGGGGAUCAAGGCUGAAUCAGACUUAGCAAAUGUGAGUUUGUUCCUGGACUCAUGUAAAGCCACCCCUGAUGACAACGCUGACAAUGUCCAAGAGUUCUAUGACCUUAUCAAAGAGGGGUGUGUGACGGAUCAGUCUUUAAGAGCUGAAAUGGUUGAUGCGUUGUUAUACCACUUGGAGUUUCAAGCUUUCAAAUUUGGAGACAAUGAUCAGGUUUACAUCACCUGCACGGUCCUCAUGUGCGACGUCACUGAUCCCUUCUCCAGAUGUGCCAUGGGUUGUCUGGACGAGCAGUUCCGUCGACGCAGACGAGCAACGGGCAAGCAGGCCUCCGUGCAAUCUCUGACCCAGGGUCCUUUUCAAUUCAUCGCUGAGGCUAUUCCCAGUGCUGCUGUACAACACGACAACGGUUUGCUGAAGGUAGCAGAUGUUCAGAUGAUCGAAGUAGAUGUGAGAAAGAAAUCAGAGAUGGACGACAAUGAUGCACUGAAGAAGAAUGACGCACCUAUUCCAGGAGAAAACAUUUUGAACGGAGGACAACUUGAAAUGAAGAAGAUGCUCAGUACCAAUUUCAGCACUGCAAUCUUUGGUAGUGUGUGCUCGUUGUCAGUCCUAAUGUUAGCUAUUGUUGUUGCCUACUAUGCAAGAAAGAGCAAAGGAGAGGUCCAGAAGCCUCUUCUGGUUUCGUAGUGAAAUAACCAAACGCAACUCCUUAGCAAGUUACCCUCGCUACGGUUGUUUAAAUAACACGACCCACAUCAACAUUUCUAACUAACUAUGGUGUUCCAAUGGCUUAUUUAGUUCAGACUUACGUGUAAAAGAAGUUAUACUAUUAAAAGAGCAUUUGUUAACAACUCAAUCAUACUAAGUUGUCAUUGUACUUUUACUAUCUGCAGAAUUCGAUGAAAACAGUUAUGCUCUAAGUUUUCCAAUAUUAUUAAACUCUUUGAUGCAUGAGAUGUGUGCCCUAGUUGAAGUGUGUAUCUGUGUAUAUUUUUAUUUGAUUGCAAUCACAUUAGAUAGUUAAAUCGUUCUGCAAUUAGUAGGUUUUGCAAUGGCGUACCGCAAGCAACACGUCACUUCCGCUCAUUAAUAUUCAUGACAUUAGCUACUGUUGCUAAGUAGGG